GCUGCGCGCGGCACGUUUAUGUCAGAGUACGACAUAGUACAAAAUCGUGUUGUUUUUAAGUUUUUAACGAAAUAAACGAAAAACUUUAAUUAUUAUCUUGAAUGUAUAGUUAUUAAUUAAAUUUUCUACUAUAAUUAACAUUUUGUUAAAACCCCGAACAUGUCUGCAAGUGAAGGGCGAAGUGCACAGUCGAACUUGCAUCAGCAAGAUCUUUCUAAAUUGGAUGUUACAAAGUUGUCUGCUUUAUCUCCUGAAGUAAUAUCAAGACAAGCUACUAUCAACAUUGGGACUAUUGGACAUGUAGCUCAUGGAAAGUCCACAGUUGUAAAAGCCAUAUCAGGCGUCCAAACCGUCAGAUUUAAAAACGAACUUGAAAGGAACAUUACGAUUAAGUUAGGAUACGCCAACGCAAAAAUCUACAAAUGCGACAAUCCGAAAUGUCCGCGACCAACCAGCUACAUCUCUGGUAGUUCGUCCAAGGACGACAACUUCCCGUGUCUCCGCCCCGCUUGCACGGGUCGUUUCCAACUUGUCCGCCAUGUUAGCUUCGUGGACUGCCCCGGUCACGACAUUCUCAUGGCAACAAUGUUGAACGGAGCCGCUGUCAUGGACGCAGCGCUGUUACUUAUCGCCGGUAACGAAUCCUGCCCCCAACCGCAGACAAGUGAACAUUUAGCAGCUAUAGAGAUUAUGAAAUUGAAACAUAUACUCAUCCUCCAGAACAAAAUAGAUCUUGUGAAGGAAGGACAAGCCAAGGAGCAACAUGAACAAAUCGUGAAGUUCGUACAAGGCACAGUUGCGGAAGGAUCUCCAAUUAUCCCUAUUUCUGCUCAGUUAAAAUAUAACAUUGAGGUCCUGUGCGAGUACAUAACAAAGAAGAUUCCGGUGCCACUACGAGAUUUCACGUCGCCACCGAGGAUGAUAGUGAUCCGUUCAUUUGACGUAAACAAACCUGGUUGUGAAGUUGACGACCUCCGGGGUGGAGUCGCCGGUGGUUCCAUACUUCAGGGCGUGCUCACUGUUGGAAUGGAAAUUGAAGUGCGGCCGGGGCUGGUGAGCAAGGACGCGGAGGGGCGGCUGACGUGCCAGCCGAUCUUCUCGCGCAUCGUGUCGCUGUUCGCGGAGCAGAACGAGCUGCAGUACGCCGUGCCCGGCGGCCUCAUCGGCGUCGGCACGCGCAUCGAGCCCACGCUCUGCCGCGCCGACCGCCUCGUCGGACAGGUUCUAGGCGCUGUAGGAACUUUGCCGGGAAUAUUCGUGAAGCUUGAAGUUUCCUAUCAUUUGCUUAAACGUCUCCUUGGAGUUCGCACAGAAGGAGAUAAGAAAGCAGCUAAAGUGCAGAAACUGACUAGGCAUGAGAUGUUGCUUGUUAACAUUGGUUCAUUAAGUACUGGUGGAAGAGUUAUUGCCACUAAAGCUGAUUUAGCUAAAAUCGCCCUCAACAACCCUGUAUGUACUGAAAUAGGAGAAAAGGUGGCUCUUAGCAGAAGAGUAGAAAACCAUUGGCGGUUAAUUGGUUGGGGUCAGAUACAAGGAGGUGAGACCAUAGACCCCGUGAAGAAUUGAAGCUGUUAAGAAAGCCUUUAUAUAUUUAUCUAUUGUCACAUAUUUAAUAAAAAUAUAAAUUAC